AAGGACUGCUCACUGGAUCAUUGUUUCUUCCACAAAAAAAAAAAAAAAUGGCUACACAGUCAGAAGAGGAUCUCUCCUGUCCGAUCUGCCAUGACAUCUUUAAAGAUCCUGUUGUUCUGUCGUGCAGCCACAGCCUCUGUAAUGACUGCCUGAAGAAAUGCUCUGGAGACAAGGUGUGUCCGGUUUGUAAGAUAAGUCUUUUACCGAGUGAUCCACCUCGCAACUUGGCUUUAAAGAAACUGUGUGAGGCCUUCGUACUGGAAAGAGAUCAGAAAUCUUCCAUAAAAUCUGAGUCUCUCUGCAGUCUGCACUCUGAGAAACUAAAACUGUUCUGUCUGGAUGAUCAGCGGCCAGUCUGUGUCGUCUGUAGAGAUUCAAAAGCACACAGCGACCACAAAGUCAGACCCGCUGAUGAAGCUGCACAUGAUCACAGGAAGGAGCUACUGACACUCCUGGAGCCCGUACGGGAGAAACUGAAGAUGUUUGAACAAGUUAAAGAAGACUGCGAUCAAACAGCAAAUCACAUUAAGGUCCAGGCUCUGCAGACUGAGAGUCAGAUUAAGGAGCAGUUUAAGAAGCUUCACCAGUUUCUACAGGAGGAAGAGGAGGCCAGGAUCAAAGCUCUGAGGGAGGAAGAGAAGCAGAAGAGUCGGAUGAUGAAGGAGAAGAUUGAUGCUCUGAGCAGAGAGAUAGCAGCUCUUUCAGACACAAUCAGAGUCACAGAGAAGGAGCUGAAAGCUGAAGACGUCUCAUUCCUGCUCAACUACAAGGCUGCAGUGGAAGGAGUGCAGCGGCGCCCCCUAAUGGAUGAUCCAGAGCUGGUCUCAGGAGCUCUCAUAGAUGUGGCCAAACAUCUGGGCAACCUGACCUACAUCAUCUGGAAAAAGAUGAAGGAGAAGGUCUCCUACAGUCCUGUGAUUCUGGACCCAAACACUGCUCAUCCAGGCCUCGUCCUGUCUGAAGAUCUGACCAGUGUGAGAAAAGGGGAGAGACAGGAGCUUCCUAAAAACCCAGAGAGGUUUGAUGUUUUCAGCUCGGCGCUCGGCUCAGAGGGCUUUGACUCAGGGACUCACAGCUGGGACGUUGAGGUUGGAGACAGUGCAGCCUGGGUGCUUGGUGUGGCAGCAGAGUCUCUCCAAAAGAAGGGCGACACAGCCCUGCAGUCUGGAUUAUGGAGGUUAAUGUUCUACAAAGGUGAAUACAGAGCAUGCUCUCUGCCAGGUCCUGAUACAGUUCUGUCACUGAAGAAGAAGAAGUUCCAAAAGAUCAGAGUUCAUCUGGACUGGAAAUGGGGAAAGCUGUCGUUCUCUGAUCCCGACACUAACACACACAUACACACCAUCACACACACUUUCACUGAGAAGUUGUUUCCAUACUUUAACACAGACAAAGAACUGCCACUGAAGAUAUUACCAGUGAAGGAGACAGAGGACAAGGUGUAUAGGUGGUGGCCUUUUUUUUAAUGUGACUUCAGUAAACAAGUAGUCAGUUUGUCUUACUGGGUAUCAGGAUGUGAUUAAUGGUAAAGAAAACUGUAAUAAAUGAAGAUAUGUGUGUCUUAAUUUGUCAUCUUGACUUUAGGUUAAAUAUAACUUGUGGGAAGCUGUUGGCUGUGAUCUUGCACUGUUUCUGUUAUUAAAUCACAAACAACGAGACCUAACUGUGCACUUUAUAACUGUGUAGUAUUGAGAAUCAAGUGUAAUUUAGGACAUGAUUCAUCACACAUGUAGAUGUAACCAUCUCUAAUUUUGUGUCUAAUUUUCUAUUUAGAUUAUUAAACAGGCUUCUGUUACUUAUUCACUUUAUUACAUAUUGGAAUAACAGGAAAUAUACUUGAGUAUCUUCUGCUUUUUAACCUGCAAACAGUUUCAUUGUCCAUUGUCACUCAUUAGAUGUGACCAAACCCAAGUCACACAUUUAGGUAAGGUCUUACAGUCGAGGUACAGAACAUCAUUCUAACCUGUUUUAACUGGAUUAUAUGUACGAAUAUAAAGUCAGCGCACGCAUUCAGUCAUGAGCAUUGUGUCUUAGCAAAUGUCUGCCAUGUGGUUAUAAUGUCAAAUCUGUUGUCAUAAAUAAACUCUAUAACAGUAUGAAAUGUAACCUCAGUCUUCAAAUUUGAAAAUAAAGGUACUUGCCUAUUA